CAGCAGCAGUGUGAUCUGUGGGCUGCAGGGGCUGAUGGGAGCUCUGAGGAGCUGCUAGAAACCACGUGGCCCUCGUCUGAUCUCACAGCUCGUCCUUGUUUGGCCUCAGCUGCAUCAGAGCGCCACUUCUCCCCAGGUUCACCAGAGGAAACACCACUGCACAAAAUGCUUUUCCUCCCAGCUGCUGCUCUCUGCUGUCUGUGUUCAGCGCUGACUGCCAUGGCAGCACAGCUGCUUCAGGAUCUAUCUCUGACCAGGAGAGAAGGUCAGAGGGUCUCCUUCAGCUGUGGAGAAACUCAUCAGUGUUAUUUGGACUAUGUAGUCUGGUACCAGAAGAAAGAGAAUGAAACGUUCAGAGCUAUAUUUUUAGUUGGUAGCGACUGUAGUAUAGCUCAACGUUACAAUCAUCCUCAGAAAGAUGAUUUCUCAGCUGUUAACAUUCAGAACGGCUGUGAAUUGAAGAUAAAUGAAGUUAAAUCUAAUCAUUCAGCCUCCUACUACUGCGGCUGUAUGUCCUUCUCACUGUGGGAUGAAUACCUCUUUGGUUCUGGAACCAAGCUGUUUGUAACAGAUGUGCUGCCAGUGAAGCCCGUGGUGAGCGUGUACCCAGCAGCAUCCAGAGCCCACCUGGAGGGGAAGAGCUACCUGCUGUGUCUGGCCUCAGGCAUGUUUCCUCCUCUGGUCCACAUCUCCUGGCAAAGACAGAAGGAGGACGGUGGUCUGGAGGAUGUGGGAGAGGGAGAGCAGCUGGAGCUCAGAGAGUCGGGACGCAGCGCCUCCAUCAGACUGCUGGAUCUGGACCUUAACGUCCCCCAGAAAUACCUCUGCUCUGUCAAGCAUGAGGGGGGCCCAGUGAAGGCCCACAGCCUGCAAGAGCUUCCAGCUCCAGCCUCCUGUCCUCCAGAGAGACCAGACCUGGCAGCUCUGCAGCAAGCUGACUUGUCCUUCCAGUCUGAGUGCAGGGUGAAGCUGCUCUGCCUGCUCUACACAGUGCUGAUAGUCAAGAGUCUGGUGUACUGCUGUGGACUCUCUCUGCUGAUGAUGCUCACAAACCAGGGACCGUCCACCACCUGAACACACAGAGCUGACUCUCUGCUUUCUCUCCAGCUUUUCUUCCUCUGCUCGUUGCUGAUUGCUGCUUUUAAAGCUUCUUCUGACGUCUUGAAGUCGCACAUUAAGUCAAUCUUUUUAUUGCAGCUUCACAGACUUCCUGUAAGGAUUUCCAUCCAGAUGAUGACAUAUUUCUGUCCUGGACUGUAAUCUGUGUUCUAGUAACUUUCCAUUUAGAUCCUCUCUGAUUAUUUUCUGUCAGCUCCAGAUUUGAUGCUUUGUUGUUAUCAGUUUGGUCUUUUUUUAUUUCAUUCUAACAACUUUGUGGACAAUCACUCCUGUUUUUAUUAAAACCUUUUUGUGGAUAAAAUGACCUCAUAAACUGUUUGUGUUUGUUCUUCAAUGCUCCAUCAAACUCUGAGUCUUUGUCCAACAUAUUUCAUCACACACU